AUGAUUUCUGUCUUCACCAAACCUCAGUUAUUAGCAUUUGGACCAAACAAGAACAGCAUCUCUUUUAUCCUCCCACAAUUUUCUUUGAAGUUUAAUCUUCAAAUGGCUCGAUCUGCAAUUGAUGAGAUGUCAGAUACUGGUGCAUUUAAGAGAACUGCUUCAACGUUUCGCAACUUCAUUUCAAGAGAACCAAAUUCAACAUUCCCACCAGAGUCCGGAAGGUAUCAUCUUUAUGUGUCCUAUGCUUGCCCUUGGGCAUCUAGGUGUCUUGCUUACUUGAUGAUUAAAGGACUUGAAAAGGCCAUAACUUUCACGUCUGUGAAACCCAUAUGGGAAAGAACAAAAGAGAGUGAUGAACAUAUGGGAUGGGUGUUUCCUGCUUCAGCGACUGAGGAACCAGAUGCUGAGCCUGAUCCUUUGAAUGGGACAAGAAGUAUAAGAGAACUUUAUGAGCUUGCAAGCACAAAUUAUGUCGGAAAGUACACAGUUCCAGUAUUGUGGGAUAAGAAGCUCAAGACAAUUGUUAAUAAUGAGAGUUCGGAGAUUAUUCGUAUGUUUAAUACUGAAUUCAAUGAUAUAGCUGAAAAUGCAACUUUGGAUUUGUAUCCAUCCCACUUGCGAGCACAGAUUGAUGAAACCAAUGAAUGGGUUUAUAAUGGGAUAAAUAAUGGUGUUUAUAAAUGUGGAUUUGCAAGGAAGCAAGGGCCUUAUGAGCAGGCUGCAAAAGAGUUAUAUAAAGCUUUGGAUAAAUGUGACGAGAUGCUUGGGAAGCAAAGAUAUAUCUGUGGAAACACACUUUCUGAAGCAGAUAUUAGGCUGUUUGUCACCCUUAUAAGAUUUGAUGAGGUUUAUGCAGUUCACUUCAAAUGCAACAAAAAGCUACUGCGAGAAUACCCAAAUCUGUUCAACUACACCAAAGACAUCUUCCAAAUUCCAGGCAUGAGUAGCACUGUAAACAUGCAGCAUAUCAAGCGGCAUUAUUAUGGAAGCCAUCCUUUUAUCAAUCCCUUCGGAAUAAUUCCUCUCGGCCCAGACAUUGACUAUUCUUCACCCCACGACAGGAACAGGUUUUCUUCAUAG